AUGAAUGCCAGAGGACUAGGGUCGCAGCUGAAGGACAGCAUUCCAGUUACGGAGCUCUCAGCCAGCAGGCCCUUUGAGAGUCACGAUCUUCUCCGGAAAGGGUUUUCUUGUGUGAAAAAUGAACUUCUGCCCAGCCAUCCUCUUGAAUUAUCAGAAAAAAAAUUCCAGCUCAACCAAGACAAGAUGAACUUUUCCACCCUGAGGAACAUCCAGGGACUGUUUGCUCCCCUGAAGUUACAGAUGGAAUUCAAGGCGGUGCAGCAGGUUCAGCGUCUUCCAUUCCUUCCAAGCUCAAACCUGUCGCUGGAUAUUCUGUGGGGCAAUGAUGAGACCAUUGGUUUUGAGGAUAUUCUUAAUGAUCCAUCACAGAGUGAGCUGAUGGGCGAGCCACACCUGAUGGUGGAACACAUGCUGGUCUUGCUGUGAUGCGGGUGCCGCGCA